UAACGCAUCACUCGUCCUGCCCUUCCUCCACGGAGUUUAUCAAGUUUUCCCUCAGUAAAGUUGAGCAGAGUAACUUCCAAAACCGCGUAAAAACCAUAGGUAAAAACGAACGCAGAUUCUUUGCAAACAUAGCCGCAGUUUGCACAGGAUACGUUCACUGUCAGUAUGUGGCUCCCCUGUGGGUGCACUUCAAAGACCAUCGUUACUUCCUAUGCUCGUCGGGUCUUUAAGUCGUAUUUCCGUGUUUUUGGUCGAUGGAAAUGUAAUGUAGCGGCGUUAAUGCCGGAGGCUGUUGGGUUUGAAGGUGUGAAGGACUGCUCGUCCCUGCAGGAGUUUUCCGUUUCCAACAGCGCGAGCUUCUGGGCCGCGGCCGCGCGCCACAGGCUGAGCUGGAUCAAACCCUUCCACACCGUGCAGGACUGCGACCUGAGCCUGGGGAGGAUCAAGUGGUUUGAGGGAGGACAGCUCAAUGUGUCUGUGAACUGCUUGGACCGACAUGUGCACACCUGUCCUGAGAGGGUGGCCCUGAUCUGGGAAAGAGAUGAACCGGGGUCAGAGAUCAAGGUCACCUACAGGCAGCUCCUGGAGAUGACAUGUCGCCUAGGAAACCUGUUGAGACGGCAUGGCGUGAAGAAGGGGGAUUGCGUCACCAUCUACAUGCCCCCCUGCCCUCUGGCUGUGGCGUCCAUGUUGGCCUGUGCCCGUAUCGGUGCGGCUCACAACGUGGUGUUUGCCGGGUUCAGCGCUGAAGCCCUCGCAGAGCGAAUCAGAGACGCCCAGUCCAGCACGGUGAUCACGGUGAACCAGGGUGUGAGAGCGGGGAAGGUGACGGAGCUGAAGAGGACGGUGGACGCGGCCGUGAAGGACUGCCCCUCUGUACAGCAGGUGUUGGUUGCCAUGAGAACAGAGAAUCCGGUCACCAUGACAGCCAAGGACAUGGACAUGGAGGAGGAGAUGCUGAAGGAGGACGUGGUGUGUGAGCCGGAGGCCAUGGACAGUGAGGACGUUCUGUUCCUGCUCUACACAUCGGGCAGCACGGGGAAGCCCAAAGGAGUCGUCCACACUCAGGCUGGAUACCUGCUGUACGCUGCCCUCACACACAGGUAUGUCUUCAGCUACGAGGACGGAGAUGUGUUCGGCUGUGUGGCGGACAUCGGUUGGAUAACAGGACACAGCUACAGUGUGUACGGGCCGCUGGCUAACGGGGGAACCACGGUCCUGUUUGAAAGCACUCCCAUUUACCCUGACCCUGGAAGGUACUGGGAGAUGGUUCAGAGACUUAAGAUAAACCAGUUUUACGGAGCUCCCACAGCAAUCCGCCUGCUGCUGAAGUACGGAGACCAGUGGGUGCAGAAAUAUGACCGCUCGACCCUCAAAACCCUCGGCUCUGUGGGAGAACCCAUCAACACUGAAGCGUGGGAGUGGUACCACCGAGUGGUGGGGGACGGACGCUGCCCUGUGGUGGACACCUGGUGGCAAACAGAGACAGGUGGCAUCUGCAUCACCCCACGGCCUUCGGACCCAGGCGCAGAGAUUGUCCCAGGAAUGGCUAUGAGACCUUUCUUCGGCAUUAAGCCCGUGCUCAUGGACACCGAGGGAAAAGUGGUGACCUCAAACCCUGCAUCAGGAGCUCUGUGUUUAGCUCAGCCUUGGCCUGGUAUGGCCCGCACCAUUCACAACAACCACCAGAGAUUUAUUGAGACCUACUGUCAGCCUCAUCCUGGUUAUUUCUUUACUGGAGAUGGCGCCUAUCGCUCUAAGGAGGGGUAUUACCAGAUCACUGGACGCCUUGAUGAUGUCAUCAAUGUGAGCGGUCACAGGAUUGGGACAGCAGAGAUAGAGGACGUGGUGAAUCAAUGCUCUGCAGUGGCCGAGUCUGCUGUCAUCGGAUACUCGCAUGACAUCAAAGGACAAGGUGUGUAUGCCUUUGUGGUGCUAAAAAAGGACGUGGACGAUAAGGAAGCAGAUCUGUCUCAGCAGCUAAACAACAUGGUGUCGAAAAAGAUCGCCAAGUACGCCUGUGCAGAUUUCAUCCAGUUUCCUCAUGUUAUUCUCACAGUUCGUCCAGCGGCUGCCGAAGACACGCUCAGGAAAGAUAAUGCGGCGGGUGCUGCGUAAGGUGGUGGAGCGAGACCUGGACGGGCUGGGGGACCUCAGCACGCUGGACGACCCCGCAGCAGUUCAGGAAAUCAUCCAAGGUCACCGUGAGCUGUGUGGCAAACAACAACCGUCAUGAAGUGUUCCCAGAAAACAUUCCCAUCUAAUGAAGAAUAUGUGACGCUCGCACGGUACUCUCCGUCACUUAACCAGGCGUGUGCAAUUUUAUAAAAAAUGAUUUUAGAGGCCAAACUUUCUCUUUGCUUUCUUUGUAAAUAUGACAUUUUAUGAAAUCAGGUAUUCACAAAUGUAAUCUUGGAAGGAGUCACAUUAUUGGAACUCAUUUUCCCAAUGUAGUGAUUGUAAACAUAA